ACAGCACGCUUUUGUGGCUAUUCUGACCCACAACCGUCUGCAGAGCGGAUAUAUGAGCAAGAGGGUCAAAGUUCAAAGUGCCACGUUGCGAUCAAGUACUAGUAUAUCUCAACAUUAUGCAUUCUGCAUGCAACAGUAUGUAUGUCGUAAGGACAUCUGCACUAUAGACAAACUAUAGGAGAUAAUAAAGUUACUAAACGUAAAAGGAAACAUUUAUUUGGAGGGAAAAGUAUCUUUUUCCCUACUUCCUGCUUUUGUCUUUUGUCCUUCAUGAGCUUCCAUACUUCACAACUUGUGACAUCAUCGGUCUGUUGUGGAAAACAUUUCAAGCUAACAGAGGUCUACACCCGUUCGGUCACAUAUGAAGUUGAUCUCAAAAGUUCGCAGAGACUCCCCGGGGGUGUUCUGUGGUCAACCUCAAAUAUGCACUCAGAGCUUCCUGUUCACAGGGAAGAGAUUUCUACUGGUCGAACUGAACUGGAAAAGAUAUUCUGAGUAACUUCCUUGUUUGAACUGGAAACACACACUGACUCAAUUCAUCGUUAUGGAUCCUUGGACUCCCUGCAGAAAGAAGAAUGUCCAUAACAUUGUGCACCUCUUUCUUCAACAAUUCAAAUUUUUAGAAGAAAUGAGGAAGAAAAUAUCGGAAAAUUGCGUGUGAUCCUGUGAGCUUCUCUUAUAGACUGAAGGUUGAGGAGCACGAUAAAUCAAAAAUGAGCCACAGAGUUCAAGAAAACCACCAGGGGACGGGACUGAAAGACGUCUUCGGCAUACUCGUUAAAACUCUUCCGGAGCGGCUGCUGAGCUUGACAUUCCAGCUGGGUGACUCUCCUGAAGAUCAGAUCAUACACGCCUUGAGUCUGAUUAUUCUCAAGCAGGAGGAACGUGCCCUGGACAAACUGCAGAGGCUGAAAGACAACUACCUCGCUACCCAUCUCGCUGAAAAGUGGCAGAUGAGUGGAGGCAAAUUAGACGACUUUGCCGUUCACUGCGGUCACUGUCCUGAGCUUGCAGGGGAAUCUUUUGCACUGUUGGCUCGUGUUUUCAAGGUUUUGUCCGAACAGGAGCUGUGCCAUCCAUUUCUGAGAAAUCUGGCGUACAGCAGAGCCCUUUCCAGUGACAACCAGAGAGCAAGCAGUUGUGAGAAAUUGGAGUAUGAUCAUCUCACAGAGGAAGCGAACGUUGUCUGUGGACCUCACUUUGCAGAGUGGGCGUGCUCCUCAAGCGAUCUCAAGUCAGGGCCUCGCCAUGAUCCUCUGAGCAGCCUGGAUGAAAGAAUCAACACUUUAAAAGUUACCCCGUCUCAAGAUGUGUCGGAGAGCGAUCACAGCCUGCCCAGCUCGCUGCUGGUGCCCUCUUCAAUGCCCUCAUACCCUACUCAUCUGGAGAUAAGUAUACCUCCAACAGACUUAUUUGAAGAUGUUGAAGUAACUCCAGAAACAUCUGUGAAAUCCGAACCCGCCCUUCUGAGCAAAUGUGAAACAAAAGAUGCACUUCCAUCCAGUCAACCUCCUUUGUCUGAUUCAGCGCAACACUCAAAGAUGGAUGAAACCUCCCCUGCAGAGGGAAGUCAGUCGGACAGUCUUCUUGCUGAUGAUAAGACCCCGAACCAAACCCCCAAACCAACCGUUGCACUACCUUCUGCAACACGCAUUGUUCCACCCAUGAUGUCUGCUACAAAUGACAUGCAUGACAGUGAAGAUGCAGAAGAGGAGGAAGAGGCCAUCUUUUAUGCAUUUGUUAUCUUGCACGCACCGGAGGAUGAAGAUAUGGCUGAGAGCAUCAGGGAGAAAAUACAGGCGGUCAUUGGUAGUGAUGGUGCAACUUUUUCUGGGGACUUUGCUCUCCCUGGGAAGAGCACCCUGAGGUGUCUAGCGGAUGCCAUCAACAACUCGGCCUUCACUUUUCUGCUGCUCACCUGCAACUUCAACACUCGCAUGCUGGAUCUGGAGACAGACUCUGCCCUUAUCAACUCCAUAAACAAGACACACAAGUACAACACCGUUAUCCCUCUUAUGCCACUUGAGAACUGCAUGCCCAAAAAAGACAUCCCUAUGGUUGUGCAAACAAUAAUUACACUCAGGGAGAACCAGAUCUCUGAGAGGAAACUAAAACAUGUAUUCUCUCCAGUGAAGAUUAAAAACCAGAGGAAAAUGUGGAACGUGGAGCAAAAAGAGAAAAGGGAGAGGGAGCGACAGGUGAGACUGAAGCAGCAGAUCAAAGAGUGUGCAGCGGAGUUGGAGGAAGAGACCCUGAGGCUUCUUUUGCAAAGAAAACAAGACGUUAGUGAUGGCAGGAUUCAGUGUCAACAACAACAACCAACAAAUAUUAACAUUGUAAAUGCUAACUGCGUUUUGAUUGGUAACAACUCUACACUGACUGUGGAUUUGGGUGGAGAUGCAGACAAAGUUGAUUCAGAAGAGGAGCAAUAACCUUAAAGAUGGGAGUGGGGGGAACAAUUAUUGUGUCGUCAAAGUAUUCGUAGAAAAUGAGAAGAAUAGUCCUGUUUACUGUCUGAACACUGCAAUGUCAGAGCUGUUCACACAUGCAGAUUGUGUUUAAACUGGUUGGUGAAAGGAGUUUCAAUAAAAUGUUCCAAAGAGCAACUAAGUGCUGUUUUAAUGAUAUCUUAGGAUGCUGUAAAAAGAGCAGAACAAUAGUUGUAGAUAUUUAACAGAGGACUGCCACCUACUGACCAAUGUGUGCUGCACACGUCCAGAUCUCUUCUGCUGUAUGAACCCACUGGAGACGCUAGGGGGCAAUGCUGUUCCACACUCAUUGGCCUUCACGGGGUCUACAGAGCCAGGGUCCUCCAACAACACUUACUAUUCUGGUAUCUGAGAGCUAAAAGAGAUUAAAUAAAUUCUUGAUUUUGCAUAUCAGUAUUUCAAGUGUUUGUGUGUGUGUGCAUGCAUAUUUAAAUCAUUGUGCGUUGGCAGUUUUUUCCUCAUGUGUUUUCUGAUGCUCUUUGUAACCUUGUUUUUCAAAGUGUUUUAUAACUACAUUUUAAUUACCUUUGCAUUGAAAAUGCGGAAGGUUAUGUUUUGAUCGGCGUGUAUUUAUUUAUUUAUUUAUUUAUUUGUAUGCGUGUUAUUCGCAUAACAAAAAAAGUUUUAAACCGAAUUGCAUGAAAUUUGGUGGGAUGAUUGGUUAUUAUCCGGGGACCAUUUGAUUAGAUUUUGGGAUCGAUCGGGUCAAAGGAACAAGGUCAAGGUCAUGAAAAGGUCAACAUCCUCUUGAAUCGCAUGACAUUUGGUGGGAUGAUUGGUUAUUAUCCGGGGACCAUUUGUUUAGAUUUUGGGAUCAAUCGGGUCAAAGGUCAAGGUCGUGGAUAGGUCAAAAUCUUCUUUUUACCAUAGCGCGGUCAAUUUCUAUCCAAUUGGCAUGCAACUAAUGCCAAAAUGUGCAUAAUUCAAUGCCCAACCUUUUGAUAUGCGAAAGUAUGCGCUCUACCGAGUGCCCAUUCUAGUUCUAAUUGUUAUUGUCUCGACCCAUAUGGAGAAUGGGGCUAAACUACGCCAUAAAUCACGUACUAAAAUAAAAUGUUCUUGGUUCCACAACAAUAAAUUACCAGCAAACACUA